AAAAAAAAAAAAAAAGGGCGAAAAAAAUCAAAGAAAGCCGGUCCACACCUCUAGCCCCUGCAUCUGGCCCAUUAUUCCCCUCUGACCAUAAUUAAUCACGACUAUGUGAUUGGUUGAUUUGCCAUGCUGUGAGGAUGGAAAUCAGGAGACAGUCCCGCAACGGACAUGCUUCAGACCGGACGUACCAGCGUACCUACAAGGCAUGUCUUGCCUGCCGGCAACGAAAGGCGAAAUGUGAACUAGGAACUGGCCCGGAUGGCCAUUCACUAGGGCCGCCGUGCUCCAAAUGUAGAAGGGAACAAAGAGAAUGUGUUUUCAGUGAGAAGAAGGCAUGGGAGAGACAGAAGAAACGAGGGCAUUCGGAAGAUGGUGCGCCAUCGCCGGUCAGCGCGCGUCCGAGACUGUCCAGUAAUCCCGGGAUCAGUAGGGACGAGUCACACCACACUUCAAGUCACGGUCCGAGUCCACUCAGCUAUGCAGAGCAAGACCGGGACAACGAUGAUAGUACACUCCAACCGUCCCCAGCGGACAGUAGUCAGAGGCGGCGUCAAUCCACGUCUACUUUGGCAAAUUCCAUGAUGCGCACUGUAGUGUCUAGUGGAAAUGAUGCUCUCAAUAUCCUCUUCGAGGCUGCUGCGGCCCAUAGUAAAGAACAUGGCAAUGGCCUAAGCGAAUCCAGUACGCCGUCCCGCAAUGCGCGAAGCUCGACAGGCCGCCCGAACAACUACGAGAACUCAUUGAACCAUUCCAUCGUCCCUCCGGAGGUCUUGGCCAAAGCAGCGCAGCCCGUAGAAAUAUCCCAGGCGUCUAAAGAAGUCCUCAGUGUCUGGGGAGCAUGUCGCUUUGUUCGGAUGGGAUGGUUCACUGCGAGAGAGGCUGUUACAUUCAUCGAUCUUUUUUUCAAGAAUAUGUCGCACCUGUCUCCAAUCUUAACUGAUUUCUAUGCAGACCAUAAUAACCACCGCUGGCUUGUUUCGCAUGAUCCAGUCUUAUGUUGUACUAUCUUAAUGAUAUCCUCUCGCUAUCAUCUGUUGCCUGGUGCCGGUGGUGGAUCGAGGAACUUUUUCAUCCACCAUCGACUCUGGCAGCAUUGCCAGCAACUGGUCAUGCGACUUAUAUUUGGACAGGAGAAAUCUUCGCAAUCGAAAGUCCGCAGUAUAGGGACAAUUGAGGCUCUCAUGGUAAUGUCGGAAUGGCACCCUCGAUCUCUCCAUUUUCCUCCAGAGAGUGAUGGCUGGGAUUUCGACCUCACAUCGGUUCCCCCGGAACCCCAAAGGUCAGAAGAUACAUCAACCACGAAUCGAUGGCUCGAGGAUAUGAUUGAGCCUGCAAGACGAUCGGACCAGAUGUCUUGGAUGCUGCUGGGCUCAGCUUUGUCACUUGCCCAUGAACUGGGGAUCUUCGAGAUCGACGAUAAAAAAUUGGACUAUACUUCUGGUUAUGAAGGGUUCAUUUCCAGUAACCAAAUCAAACUCCGCAGGCAGCGGGUGCAGCGGUUGCUAUAUGUAUACAUCAACCAGCUCGCAUGGCGAAUAGGUUGCGUCUCCCUUAUGCCCCAAAGCUUGAACCAUGCUAUUCUAGGACGACGGACAUCAAAAGAACUGUUCCAACCUGGCGAUGAAUGGUUAAUUUUCAUGGAUUCUUGGAUGGAUCUUACCAAGUUGGCAAAAUCGGUCACUGAUAUGUUCUUCCCAACUGUCUCCUUUGCCAGGCAGCAACUGCAUAGUGGGCGGUAUAUUGAAUUACUCGAUCAUUUUCGACCAAUACUUGACAAGUGGAAGGACGAACAUCUCCAAAUACGAUCACUCAAUAAGCAAUUCUUUGAUAUCCUCUUUAUCGAGUAUCAUUUCGUUCGAGUUUACACACACUCCGUGGGGAUGCAAGCAGUCGUAGAACGGGUGCUCGCGGAUAGCGAUCCUCAAGCGGACGAGGUCCGGGCGUUGAACAUUGACCCAAUAGACUAUGAGUACAUACAGGAAGUCAUCGACGGGUGCUGUCAGAUAUUACAAAAGGUGAUACAGAUGGCUGAGGAUGGAGUUUUACGAUUUUGUCCUGUCCGGAUAUUCCUCCGUAUCACCAGCUCGUCUAUCUUUCUCAUGAAGGCUCUCAGUUUGGGUACCCGCCAGUCGACGCUGCGAGAAUCUCUAGAUAUCCUCGAGCGAAGUAUACAAGCAUUGAGGUCGAAUGCCCUGGACGACAUUCAUUUGAGUACUCGCUAUGCUGCGCUGCUAGAAAUGCACGUAGCACGCUUGCGGCGGAACUUACUGGCAUCUUCAAAAACCGUGAAGAACAGCCAGGGAACCGCAUCACGACCUUCCAUGGGUGUUCCCUCAAGCACCGGUCACGGCAACAAUACUCCCAUGAUGGAUGUUCCGAUGCCACAGAAUAUUUCUGAGAUGGGGUUCAUUCCAUCACUCAAUGAUGUCGCAGCCGAUGAUUGGCUUUCGCUGCCAUUCGAUCCGUCGAUGGCCCCGUUUGGCAUCAGUAGCGCAGGACAAUUUCCUGCAUACGAAGGAGGAGCUUUGAACUUUAUCUGGAAUUUGCCGUCUUGAGAUCAUUUCUAAAUAGAAUACUCGCCACAUGACGUGGGAGCGUCUGUGCGUACAUAUAGAUGUAAACAUUUUUCCGCUUGAGUUUUGUGGAAGAUUUUAUUCAACCAUGGGCUAUUCUCGAGUCAGUCCAAUAAUCGAACAAAGAGAACAAGGUUUUCAUAUUCCAAUCUGUUUGCCACAUAUGCAGUAAGAAUAUUCGAGGCUACGGGAAAAGUCGUAGUUUCUUUUCACGCACGGCAAGAAAAGUUUGCUUUGAUA